UCACUUAAACGCAACUUUGCUGUUCUGGGCUGUUGCACAUUAUGGUUUGUGAAUAACCACCAUUUGUGUUCUUUUGUUUUCUUCUCUUUAUGAGAUUAACCAUCAUUUCAAUAGUUUCUGGCAUUACUGUAAUGCAAAUGUCCUUACCCACAGCUCAAAAAGGUAGUCGCUUUGGUUCUAUGGAGACCCAAGUGCUUCAAUUUACCUCGUUAAAAAACCCAGUUCUUUAAAACGUUAUUUUUGUUCUCCUUCCAUUGAAUAGAAGUAAAACCCUUGUGGGAUUUCUUCUUCAGAGCUCCAAAACGAAGAGUGAUGCAAAUAACUUUAGUUAAUGUUUCUUUCUCUCUCUCUCCUGUCAAAAUCUUUUCUAUCUUGCUUUGUUGGACAUGAUAUUAUUGUCUUUGUUAAAGGAAAGCUUAGUUUCCAUUGAUUAGACUAAAUCUAAGUUCACUUUUCUUUAUGCUUGAUUGUGGAGGUGAGGAAAUGAGUUCACUUUUCUUUAUGACCAAGUGGAGUUGUACUGGAAAAGGACAAUGGCUGCUUCCUGUUCCCUAAAGUUGACUGUAGCUAUGGCAUUUCUGACCUCAGAAAGAAGAACUAAUUAAUUUUCAGCAAUGGUUUGUUGGUUUACAAAAAGAAGAGAUAGUUGGUGAAAUCAGGAGCAAUUUACGAAGAAUCAAGAAAUCAGGACAAACGCAAGCCAUAUUUGGAUAGAAAAGGGUGAACUCUAAAGGUGGAAAUUAUGGCCACUGAGCAGCUAAACGAAGACGGAGUGCCACAAAACCUAAGGAAACAGCUUGCUUUUGCUGUUAAAAGCAUUCAGUGGAGCUAUGCAAUCUUCUGGUCCAUUUCAUCAAGACAACCAGGGGUAUUGGAAUGGGGUGAUGGGUACUACAACGGAGAUAUUAAAACAAGGAAGACAGUUCAAGCAGUGGAAACAAAUGCUGAUCAGAGGACUGAGCAACUGAGAGAACUUUAUGAAUGUCUCUCAGCUGCUGAAACCAACCCACAAACUAAAAGGCCUUCAGCUGCAUUAUCUCCUGAAGAUCUUUCAGAUACAGAAUGGUAUUUCUUGGUUUGCAUGUCGUUCGUAUUCAACAUUGGCCAAAGGUUGCCUGGAAAAGCAUUGGAAACUAAUCAAACUGUCUGGCUAUGCAAUGCUCACAAUGCAGAGAGCAAAGUGUUCAGCAGGUCUCUGCUAGCAAAGAGCGCAUCCAUUCAGACUGUGGUAUGCUUCCCACAUGUAGGAGGAGUAAUCGAGCUAGGCGUAACUGAGCUGGUUUUGGAUGAUCCCAAUCUUGUUCAGCACAUAAAGACUUACUUCUUGGAGACUCCAUGCCCAAUACUCACCAAUAUGUCUGAAUAUGACUCGCGUCAAAAGUUAUAUAACUGUGUUUCAGCAAAUGCAAGAACAACCGAAGAUUUUCCUCAUGCCAAUCUAGAUGAUUUUCUGGAUACAACUCCGAAACCAGUUGUAGAAUGUGAAGAAGUAUACACUUGUUCUCUCAAUUAUAGUUCAAACGGGUUUCAGCCCAAUCGACCAGCAGAGGAAUCAUACAUGGUUGAUGUCAUUAAUGGAGGAACUUCUCAAGUACAAAGUCGGCAAUUCAUGGAUGAUGAAAUUAGUAAUAGUGCCCACAGUUCCAUGAAUUCCAGUGACUGUAUAUCUCAAACCUUUGUAAAACCCGAAAAGGGUGUCCCUCUAUCAGAUGGAGAGAAGGUAAAUCAUGAGUCCAAUUGGGCAAAACUCGCCUCAUUUGAUUCAAGAAAUGGUAUUCACUAUCAAAGUAUUCUUUCAACGAUUUUGAAGUGCUCUCACCAGUUGAUUUUGGGACGACCCUGGCUUCAAAACUGUAAUAAAGGAUCAAGUUUUGUUGGUUGGAAGGAGGAGGUAGAGCCAAGUACUCAGAUGCCUCGAAGUGAAGCUCCACAAAAAUUAUUAAAGAAGGUACUCUUUGAAGUUGCUCGACGGAAGGAAAUGACAAUGCAUGGUGAUUGUUUGGCCAAGUCUAGAGAAGAUAAUGACCAAAGCGGUAGACUGUGGAGACCAGAGGCUGAUGACAUUGAUGUGAACCAUGUAUUGUCAGAGGGGAGACGAAGUGAAAAAGAAAACGAAAGAUUUUUGCUUCUUGGAUCCUUGGUUCCAUCUACCGGAAAAGUUGGCAAAGAAUCGAUACUUGAUGACACAAUAAAGUAUUUGAAAGAGCUCAAGAGAAGGGUUGAAGAGUUGGAGUCUUGCCAGGAAGUGGAAGCAGUGGAAGAAAGAAGAAGAAGAAAAUCACAUGAUCAUGCUGUAGAGAGAACAUCUGAUAAUUAUGGAAACAAAAAGAUUGGUAACAGUAAGAAGCCAUUGAAACACAAGAGGAAGGUUUGUGAUGCUGAUGAAAUGGAGCCUGAAAGCCAUCGGGUUCCAUUGAGCGAGAGUUCAACUGAUGAUGAUGUAACUGUAAGCGUGAUCAAGCACGAUGUUCUGAUAAAGAUGAAGUGUGCUUGGAGGGAGUCUUUGUUGCUAGAAAUCUUGGAUACAAUAAACAAUCUUAAUUUGGACUCUCACACAGUUCAAUCUUCAAACAUCGAUGGGAUUCUCUCCUUGACAAUUAAAUCAAAGUUAACUGGAUCAGCAAUUGCAUCGACAGAGAUGAUCAAGCAAGCACUUCAGAGAAUUAUUGGCUAAGAAUUUAAAAAAAAAUCUGACUGUAAAAAUGUUGGGUCUUUGAGUUCCUCGAAUUUUUAGCUUCAAUUACUGCAAGAUUAUGUAUAUUUGUAGCAACUAUCAUAGAUCUCCCACUAUCAGAAUCACUGGCCCUAUGAUAGUAUCCACAUGAAUUGGAUGUGCUCUUACAUGUAAAACAUUAAUUGCCCAGUUAAUGACUUCAUCGUAGUGUUACUUUCUGAAAGAGCGUGUUUCAAAGCAAUUUUGAAGAAUAAGGACUAU